GGGGCAGCCACUGCUUACACUGAAGAGGGAGGACGGGAGAGGAGUGUGUGUGUGUGUAUGUAUGUGUGUGUUUUAUUUUAUUUUUCUUUUUGGUGGUGGUGGUGGAAGGGGGGAGGUGCUAGCAGGGCCAGCCUUGAACUCGCUGGACAGAGCUACAGACCUAUGGGGCCUGGCAGUGCCUGCUGAGAAAGGGAGAAGACAGCAGAGGGGUUGCCUCCGAGGCAACCUCCAAGUCCCAGAUCAUGUCUCUGUGGGGUCUGGUCUCCAAGAUGCCCCCAGAAAAAGUGCAGCGGCUCUAUGUUGACUUUCCCCAACACCUGCGGCAUCUUCUGGGUGACUGGCUGGAGAGCCAGCCCUGGGAGUUCCUGGUCGGCUCAGACGCCUUCUGCUGCAACAUGGCUAGUGCCCUACUUUCAGACACUGUCCAGCGCCUUCAGGCCUCUGCGGGAGAGCAGGGGGAGGGGAGCACCGUCUUGCAACACAUCAGUACCCUGGAGAGCAUAUAUCAGAGGGACCCCCUGAAGCUGGUGGCCACUUUCAGACAAAUACUUCAAGGAGAGAAAAAAGCUGUUAUGGAACAGUUUCGCCACUUGCCAAUGCCUUUCCACUGGAAGCAGGAAGAACUCAAGUUUAAGACAGCCCUGCGGAGGCUGCAGCACCGAGUAGGGGAGAUCCACCUUCUCCGAGAAGCCCUGCAGAAGGGGGCUGAGGCUGGCCAAGUGUCUCUGCACAGCUUGAUAGAAACUCCUGCUAAUGGGACUGGGCCAAGUGAGGCCCUGGCCAUGCUACUGCAGGAGACCACUGGGGAGCUGGAGGCAGCCAAGGCCCUAGUGCUGAAGAGGAUCCAGAUUUGGAAACGGCAGCAGCAGCUGGCAGGGAAUGGUGCACCCUUUGAGGAGAGCCUGGCCCCACUCCAGGAGAGGUGUGAGAGCCUGGUGGACAUUUAUUCCCAGCUACAGCAGGAGGUAGGGGCGGCUGGUGGGGAGCUUGAGCCCAAGACCCGGGCGUCGCUGAUGGGCCGGCUGGAUGAAGUCCUGCGAACCCUCGUCACCAGUUGUUUCCUGGUGGAGAAGCAGCCGCCCCAGGUACUGAAGACUCAGACCAAGUUCCAGGCUGGAGUUCGAUUCCUGUUGGGCUUGAGGUUCCUGGGGGCCCCAGCCAAGCCUCCACUGGUCAGGGCUGACAUGGUGACAGAGAAGCAGGCGAGGGAGCUGAGUGUGCCUCAGGGUCCUGGGGCUGGAGCAGAAAGCACUGGAGAAAUCAUCAACAACACAGUGCCCUUGGAGAACAGCAUUCCUGGGAACUGCUGCUCUGCCCUGUUCAAGAACCUGCUUCUCAAGAAGAUCAAGCGGUGUGAGCGGAAGGGCACUGAGUCUGUCACAGAGGAGAAGUGCGCUGUGCUCUUCUCUGCCAGCUUCACACUUGGCCCCGGCAAACUCCCCAUCCAGCUCCAGGCCCUGUCUCUGCCCCUGGUUGUCAUCGUCCAUGGCAACCAAGACAACAAUGCCAAAGCCACCAUCCUGUGGGACAAUGCCUUCUCUGAGAUGGACCGCGUGCCCUUUGUGGUGGCUGAGCGGGUGCCCUGGGAGAAGAUGUGUGAAACUCUGAACUUGAAGUUCAUGGCUGAGGUGGGGACCAACCGGGGGCUGCUCCCAGAGCACUUCCUCUUCCUGGCCCAGAAGAUCUUCAAUGACAACAGCCUCAGCAUGGAGGCCUUCCAGCACCGUUCUGUGUCCUGGUCACAGUUCAACAAGGAGAUCCUGCUGGGCCGUGGCUUCACCUUUUGGCAGUGGUUUGAUGGUGUCCUGGACCUCACCAAACGCUGUCUCCGGAGCUACUGGUCUGACCGGCUGAUUAUUGGCUUCAUCAGCAAACAGUACGUUACUAGCCUUCUUCUCAACGAGCCCGACGGAACCUUUCUCCUCCGCUUCAGCGACUCAGAGAUUGGGGGCAUCACCAUUGCUCAUGUCAUCCGGGGCCAGGAUGGCUCUCCACAGAUAGAGAACAUCCAGCCAUUCUCUGCCAAAGACCUGUCCAUUCGUUCACUGGGGGACCGAAUCCGGGAUCUUGCUCAGCUCAAAAACCUCUAUCCCAAGAAGCCCAAGGAUGAGGCUUUCCGGAGUCACUACAAGCCUGAACAGAUGGGUAAGGAUGGCAGGGGUUAUGUCCCAGCUACCAUCAAGAUGACCGUGGAAAGGGACCAGCCACUUCCUACCCCAGAGCUCCAGAUGCCUACCAUGGUGCCUUCUUAUGACCUUGGAAUGGCCGCUGAUUCCUCCAUGAGCAUGCAGCUUGGCCCAGAUAUGGUGUCCCAGGUGUACCCACCACACUCUCAUUCCAUCCCCCCGUAUCAAGGCCUCUCCCCAGAAGAAUCAGUCAACGUGUUGUCAGCCUUCCAGGAGCCUCACCUGCAGAUGCCCCCCAGCCUGGGCCAGAUGAGCCUGUCCUUUGACCAGCCUCACCCCCAGGGCCUGCUGCCGUGCCAGCCUCAGGAGCAUGCUGUGUCCAGCCCUGACCCCCUGCUCUGCUCAGAUGUGACCAUGGUGGAAGACAGCUGCCUGAGCCAGUCAGUGAGAGCGUUUUCUCAGGGCACUUGGAUUGGUGAAGACAUAUUCCCUCCUCUGCUGCCUCCCACUGAACAGGACCUCACUAAGCUUCUCCUGGAGGGGCAAGGGGAAUCGGGGGGUGGGUCUUUGGGGGCCCAGCCCCUCCUGCAACCCUCCCACUAUGGGCAAUCUGGGAUCUCAAUGUCCCACAUGGACCUAAGGGCCAACCCCAGUUGGUGAUCCCAGCUGGAGGGAGAACCCAGAGAGACAGCUCUUCUACUACCCCCACAGACUUGCUCUGGACACUUACUCAUGCCCUGCCAAGCAGCAGAUGGGGAGGGUGCCCUCCUAUCCCCACCUACUUCUCGGUCAGGAGGAAAAGACAACCAGGAGAAUGCACGGUGGGUGGAGCCAAUCCACUCCUUCCUUCCUAUCAUUCCUCUGCCCACCUCCUUCCAGCACUGACUGGAAGGAAGUUCAGGCUCUGAGACACGCCCCAACAUGCCUGCACCUGCAGCGCGCACACGCACGCACACACACAUACAGAGCUCUCUGAGGGUGAUGGGGCUGAGCAGGAGGUGGGCUGGGUAGGAGCACAGGUUAGGGCACGGAAGGCUUCUCCGCCCACUCUGACCCAGGGCCUAGGAUCGUUAGGCAGGAACAUAUAGACACAUUUACACUAGAGGCCAGGGAUAGAGGAUAUUGGGUCUCAGCCCUGGGGGAAUGGGAAGCAGCUCAAGGGACCCUGGAUGGAGCACAGGAGGGGUCUGGACAUGUGGUUACCAAUACAAGUUUUGCCCUGAUUAAAAAAUCUCCCAAAGCCCCAAAUUCCUGUUAGCGAGGUGGAGGCUUCUGAUAUGUGUAUGAGACUAUGCAAAAGUACAAGGGCCAAGUUUCUUCAUGUAUAGCUGUGUGAACGUGUAUGUACCUAAGCUAUGUUAAUGUAUAACUGGCAUGUUAGUUGCAAUGACCACAUAGAACAUGUGUCUGCUUUUGCCUGUGUGACAACACAGAUUUGAGAGUGUGAGACAUUGCACAGAAGACAGCAGCAAGUGUGCUGGCCUCUCUGACAUAUGCUAACCCAAAAAUAUUCUGAAUUUGGAGUCUGACUGUGCCCAAGUGGGUCCAAGUGGCUAUGACAUCUUCAUAUGGCUCUAUACCUCCAAUGCUGCCUGUGAGCCAGGGUGAGAGUCUGGGUCCAGGCCUGAUCAUGUGGCCCUCCAGUGUAUGAAGGGGCUCUGCCUGCUCUAUCUUUUCUGUUGCCCUAUCCACUGCCAGCUUCCCUUCACUCCCCCAUCCCAUGCUACCCUUUCUCCCUCUCGAGGCAGGGGUCAUAGAUCCUAAGCCAUAAAAUAAAUUUUAUUCCAAAAUAACAAAAUAAAUAAUCUACUGUACACAAUCUGAAAA